GGCACUGCUGGGUGGCGCGGCGCAGUGUCAGUGAGCUGGUGGUGGCGGCUGCCGGGAACGCAGCAAUAAAAAUUAAUACCUUAACACCGUGCGCCUCACUCCCAAAUUCACAGUGAACAUCACUAUGAAUGUAACACCGAAGUGGGAGAUUUUAUGAUUACAUUCCUUCCCGAGAGAAGAAAAUUAUUUUAAAGUAUCUAGUAGUUUUUAAAUUUUACGUUUUCCAUUCAUCGCCUAGGCCCAAUGGCACCGAACGAAAAUGCCACCAACACCGUGGUGGAGGAGUGUGUCCCCCUGCAGGAACCCUUGUACCCCAGCAACACGAAGCCGCAGAUCAUAGCUACAGAAAAAUAUGGUGCUUCCGUUCGAUCCAAGAAGCGAAGAUAUGAAAAUUGGAAGGCCAUUGCGAGGCAGGUACUUGCAGCAGCGUUCGCGUCCCUAUCCUCGGUGAGCAUCGGGUUCAUCACCGGCUACUCGUCCCUUACGCUCCAGCAGCUCAGAAACGACACCUCCAUCGAUUACGUCGACAGCAGGGACUCGGGAUGGAUAGCAUCUCUGCCGUCCAUCGCGUCCAUCGUGGGCUCGCUGAUGGGAGGGUUCAUGAUGGACGCCAUGGGACCGCGCAUGACGUUGGUGGUCACGGCGCUGCCAUGCCUCUUCUCGUGGGCCUUCCUCGUCUUCGCCAACAGCAUUACGCUCCUGUACGUCGGGCGGGUCAUCACCGGCAUCUUCCUCGGCAUCUUCUCACCGGUGCCUCAGGUGUAUGCGACGGAGAUAGCAGAGCCGCGCAUCCGGGGGAUGAUGGGGGCAUUCCCUGAGGCUGCCGUGGCCCUGGGGAGUCUGCUCUGCUACGGCUUUGGCUCCGUGACGGACUGGCGGUGGCUGGCGGUCGUGUCGGCGCUGGUGCCCGGCGUGCCACUCUUCUUGAGCAUGAUAUUCCUGCCCGAGUCGCCGCAAUGGCUCAUCAAAAAGGGAAAACUUGCAGCCGCCGAGAAGUCGAUAAGGUUCUUCCGGCCCCCCUCGCACUGCGUCAAGGCGGAGCUGGACACUAUUCACACCAACAUCAUCGAGACUGACGGCGCCGAGAUCUCUGUGUGGGAGCAGAUGAAGCUCUUCAGAAAAUCUCAGAACUGGAAGCCCGUGGUGGUGGUGUUCCUGGUGUUCAUGUGUGGCCAGUUCAGCGGCUUCGCGGUGGUCACGGCCUACACGGCAGACAUCUUCAACGAGGCAGGGACGAACAUCGACCCGGACAAAGCCACUGUUAUUGUCGGCUUGGUGAGGAUAUAUAUAUACCUGGUGAGCGCGGUGCUACUUGACCGUGUGGGCCGCAAGCCGCUGCUCAUCAUCUCUGCUAUAGGGUCCAGCGGUGGCAUGGUCUCCAUUGGUACCUUCUUUUACCUCAAGGAAGCCGGGGUGGCCGAGGGCCUUGGGUUGCUGCCACUGGCGUCGCUGCUCAUCUACGUGUUCUUCAACGAGCUGGGUUACGGCCCCAUCCCGUGGCUGCUGUCCGGUGAGCUCAUCCCGCUGGCCGUCAGGACCAUCGGAAACGGGGUUGCCGUCACCGCUUACUCCCUCUUCGCCUUCAUCAUCGGCCUUACAUUCCCUAUGCUCACAAGCCUCAUGUAUGUCUAUGUCGUCUUUUGGAUGUAUGCACUCUUCAGCCUCUCUGGAGUCAUUCUGGGAAUUUUCUUACCAGAGACGAGAGGAAAGACGCUAGAGGAAAUUGAAAAAUUUUUCGCACCCAAAGGAGAACGUGUUUCUGAGAAAGAUUUUGAGAGAUGUCCUCUGCAGCCUUAAGCGACGUAUGAUCUCGUGUCCCAUAUCCUUACCAAAGUGUCUUAAGAAGAGAUGCCAGCAAGUAGUGCCCGUCAAGAAGUAAUGGGUUGGUUCCCUUGCUGUUCAUGCAGGACUUCCUCGGUCAGAAUGCAUUCAUUCUCAUCAUCGUCUGGCCUCAACGAGACAAGUUUUUGCCGCGCGAUUCCACGAACAACGGAAUAAAAUAGGUUUAUUACAAAUGGUUUCUCAAAAAAAAAAAAAAAAAAAAAUCCGAGUAUACACAGGCGCAAGGUCCAGGGAUUGAUUUAUUUGAUUUGGGUGUGUAAUAAUGGCGCAGCAACUCCCGUGGUCAUAUUGGCACCAAACAGUCAAGACAAGUGUUAAAAUAAUUCAUUUUUAGAAUAGACAGAGGUGCAUAAUAAAAUUUCUUAACAAAGUUCAUGGAACCAAAAUUCUAUACAACUUUUCAAAUGGUCAAGAUAAAUAAACCUCUUUUUCAAGCUUCCGAAUGCUGAACACAGAAGCGGCUCAACGAAAGUCUCUCCAGGACAGUAUUCACCAACGCGACUUCCUGAUUUGAUUGUCUUUGAAUUACUGUCACGCGCAGAACAUUAUGAAGAGUAAAGGCUGAGUAGGGAGGUUUUCAUAACAAAGGGAGAGCAAAAAAGUUUCGACCCGUAGCGCAACUCCUCGGACCAAAUGCUGAAACAACACGCUUGUCGUACCUCCGGCAGCUGUUAAGACGGGUAAGCACGGAGGCGCUGCAACUCUUGAAUUCAUUAUCAUCAGAAAAACAAAUUACGAACAGAAAUUAAGCUUUUCUCUCACGGGCUAAAUCUACCGUCAUCGGGAAGGUGAACAUGGCGACCAACGUUUUUUUUUUUUUUUUUUUUUUUACAGAAAAGGAGACAGUCCAAGGGCGUGAAAGAAAAAAGAAAAAAAUGAAAAAAAAAACAAAAAAACCCGCUACUUACUGCUCUCGAAUAGAGUACAUAUGAGUGGCCAAAAUGAGAGGUCAAUUUCGGGAGGAGGGAGGGUGUGUUGAUAUGGAAGGACAGACGGCCAGGAAUGACUUACAUAAUGUUCUACUAUUUUCCGAUAAUCCUUCAGAUCUGCUGCCACCCGUGCGCCAAACAAGCAAAAUACCGUUGACAUCGUUCCGGCGUCGUGGCCCACGUGGUCAUGACGUAGCGGCAACAAGGCUUGGUGAACCUCGACUUGAGCUCGGAGCUUCCACACCAGUAGCUCGAUCACUGACUGCCUCCUAAAAUUACUUUUCGGUUCGAUGGAAGGAAAAAAAUAUAUAAUGACGAUUAACGAGUGUUCAUUGAAUCGCGCCCGUUGGCUGCGGUUUCAUUCAUGUGUAAGAGACAUCCAACUGUUUUUUGUAUUUCGAUUUUAUACUAUUGUGGUUUUGUGAAGCUGAUUAUUACGUUGUUGUCAUUGUGUAUUUUGGCAUCCAGAGUAAAUUAUUUAGCUAC